GGUGUCGGGAAAAGCCGAAAAUACGACGAAACAUCAAACAGAACAGCUGUGUGUUGUGUGUUGGAUGACGUUAAUUUAUAUAUGUAUACGGUAUACAUUUACUUACACUCAGUAAUUCAGUUGUGUAGUAUUGUGGACAUUGUGGUGGAAGUUGUUUGUGUGAAUGUACAGUAAGUUUUGCGCUUUUGCGCGAGUUCAGUUUUCAGUUGUGAUUUUCAUAAACGUCCAUCACGUCCGCCCUGUUGGGUUAAUUAUUUAAAAAUGUAAAUAUUCAUUUGACCCAUACGUUUAAGUGAUCACAGUGCUAAUUAUAUUUAUAUUAAACAUUAUUUACUGUUAAUUAAUAUUAUUGCUGGUAAAAUGUCUGAAUUACGACAGAGAACGAUUGGAGAAUCAUCAGCGGGCGUUGUACGAGAUCCCAGUGAAGAUCAGCGAGAAGACAUUGAGUCUGAAGAUGAUGCUAAACUGGAAGUUGAUGAAUUGGCUAAAACCCUACCACAGGGUACUGAUCAUACCCCGGGUAUCCUUGAAUCUGUUGUUUCUGGCUUACCCGACCGCUGGAAAAAUUGGGUAAUCAGGGGUAUAUUCACAUGGUUAAUGAUUGCUGGUUUUUGUUUAAUUAUUUAUGGUGGGCCAUUAGCUCUGAUGGUCACAACUUUAGUUGUUCAAGUUAAAUGUUUUGCUGAAAUAAUAAAUAUUGGUUACGCUGUAUAUAGAAUUCAUGGUUUACCUUGGUUUAGAUCAUUGUCUUGGUAUUUUUUGAUAACGUCAAAUUACUUUUUUUAUGGUGAAAAUUUAAUGGAUUACUUUGCAGUGGUGAUAAAUCGAACGGAUUAUUUAAGAGUUCUUGUAACUUACCAUCGUUUUAUAUCAUUCUGUUUAUAUAUUGUUGGGUUUGUUUGGUUUGUUUUAUCGCUCGUAAAGAAAUAUUACAUGAAACAAUUUUCAUUAUUUGCUUGGACACACGUUGCUCUUCUUAUCGUUGUCACACAAAGCUAUCUAAUUAUUCAAAAUAUAUUUGAAGGCUUGAUAUGGUUUAUCGUUCCAGUAAGUAUGAUUGUAAUAAAUGAUGUUAUGGCAUAUGUUUUUGGAUUCUUUUUUGGUCGCACUCCAUUAAUUAAAUUGUCACCGAAAAAAACAUGGGAAGGAUUUAUCGGGGGUGGUAUUUCAACAGUUAUAUUCGGAAUAAUGAUGUCAUAUGUGAUGUGCCAAUAUCGUUAUUUCGUAUGCCCCAUUGAGUAUAGUGAAUCUUUGGGGCGAAUGACUAUGGACUGCGAACCUUCGAGUCUGUUUAGGCCCCAAGAAUAUGUACUUCCACAGAGUUUACAAGCGAUAACUAAAAUGCUUAAUCUCAAGUCUAGUGUAACUCUGUAUCCUUUUAUGCUACAUUCUCUCUCGAUGUCAGUAUUUAGUUCAGUCAUAGGACCCUUUGGCGGUUUCUUUGCCAGUGGAUUUAAACGUGCAUUCAAAAUUAAGGACUUUGGUGAUGUGAUUCCUGGUCAUGGUGGCAUAAUGGAUCGUUUUGACUGUCAGUACCUGAUGGCAACUUUUGUCAAUGUCUAUAUUUCUUCAUUUAUUCAUACUGCGUCGCCACAAAAAUUAUUGCAGCUUGUUUAUAAUUUGAAACCAGAACAACAGUUACAAUUAUUUACAGCAUUACGAGAUUCUCUGGAACACAGAGGACUUCUUAAUGCUUCUUAAGGUUAAAAUAAUAUUAAUAAUUAUCAUUAUAAUCAUUAAUUUUAGUACUAUGAAUUUUUUAACUUUGAGAAGCAUUUAUGUGCAAUCAUUCCAAUAUUUUACUGCUAUAUAAGUUUAAUCAAUUUUAAUAUUUUUCAAAAUGUACAAGUACCAACAUUAUUUUUUUAUAAAUAUUAUCCAAUCAGGUACAAAUAUGUCAUUAAAAUGACAGAUGAUGAUUAAUGGUGCGAUAGAAAAAUAUUUAUAAAAUAAAUUUUUAGAGUUUUUUUUUUUUUUUUUUUAUUUUAUAAAGAGCAAAUUAGAUGGAUGACAUUUUUUAAAUAUAUAUCAGUUAUUACGAAGGCACUAAAUUUAGAUAGUGCUGAUUGACUAGGCCAAAGAUUUAUUCCAUAGUUUACUGUAUUUUGCCAUAGAAAAAUCAGUUAUUACGUAAACUAAAUAAAUAAACUUAAUUAACCGGCCGAUCUCAAGUCUUGAUCCAUUUUUAUUAUAAUAAUUUGAAAAAAUAACUAUUUAUGGUAAAUAACGGCAACGGUAGCAACGGAAUUAUGCAUUUUAUGUAGAAAAUAAUUAAUUAAAUAUUGUACAAUAAGAUGUUUUUAAAUAUUUAAUUUAUUAUUUUAAAUUGAUAAAUUAAUUUUAUUUACUGUGCGUGGUGGAAUGAUAAAAAAUAUAUAUUUAAGAUAACUUAAUUUUAUUGAGCGUUAAUCUUUCGUAAAAUAUACUUAAUUAAACAUUUAAAAUCAUGACUGUAGUAAAUUAAUUCAAUUCAAUACAAAAGUCUAUUAUUAAAUUAAUUAAAUAUUAGUUAUUAUAUAUAUUUUAACAGAUUUAUAUUAACAAAAAGAAUAAUUAAUGUCAAAAAAAAAAAAUAUUAUAAAUGUUUAAAUGAACUUAAUAAUCUUAUUGUAUUCAGAGUACGUAAAUAAUAAAUGAUCUGUCUGAAUA